AUGCCCCAUCCAUUUGAUCCGUUCUCAAAGGCGACAUCUGACUCGGAAUACAAGACAUCUUUCCUCAUCCACUUUCACCCAAACGGCCAGAGACUACCUCUACACUUUGCACAGACACACUACACACACAAAACACAACAUCCUGCGGCGCACUGCUUGGGCUUCUGGAGCCUUCUUGAGCAUCAGCGUUAUCUGCGGGACGCUGCCUCCCGCAGCAAACAAGACGAAGUGGCAGACGACACUCCCCAGCCGCAGUUCCCCAUCAACCUAUCCACCUCCGACGACCCAUCCACCACGCAACCCCCCAACCCUCCUAUCAACACAGUCUACUCAGCACAACAUACUACGCUAUCUUCUGGUCCUCAGCAGGACCGAACAGCACAAGGCGGCGAUCUCUUGAACGAACCCGCGGGUGUCAGUACCGCAGCAACGAAUCCACCAGCCCCUCCGCGCCCUGCUCCACGACAAGUCCUUGGGCGAAGGCAGCGUCCCGAGGCUGAAGAAGACGACGUCGGCGAGCCGGCUGGAGAUUCUGCAGUCUCUUCUGCAGCCCAGGGCUCCCCACACAACACUCGACGCCGAGCCAAGCGAAGACGAGCCGAAAUGUUGGGCGACGGAGAUGGAGACGCAAGUUCUAAUGGAGCUACAACGGCGGUAUCUAACGGGACACGUGCCCAAGGCAACUCCUUUGCGGCCUCAACCAAUGGAACUCGCAAGGCGGUGUUGUCUGAAUCCUUGAACGGUUCAUCGCAGAACGGGAAGCAGGUGGCAGAGCAAUCCGCAACCACUGCAUUCGGCCAUGACAGGGAGGAGGUCACUCGCAUUCUCAUCCAGGCUUUGUCCGACAUGGGCUAUUCUGAAGCGGCGGCAAGUGUCAGUGAAAAGAGCGGCUUCGCGCUAGAGAGUCCGACGGUCGCCAGUUUCCGUAAGGCCGUGCUGGAGGGGGAUUGGGCCUCAGCCGAGCAGCUGCUCAUUGGGGCAGCAACGGCAUCAGAAGACAGGACCGAGUCCGACAGCGGUCUGGUCCUUGCUCCCGGUGCCGACAAGAGUCUGAUGCGCUUUUGGCUGAGGCAGCAAAAGUUUCUAGAGCUCCUGGAGCAGCGAGAUACGGCGCAUGCCCUCGCCGUCUUGCGAAACGAGCUGACGCCGCUCUACCAAGACACCCAGAAGCUGCAUUUCCUCUCGAGCCUCCUCAUGUGCCAGUCUGCGGAAGAUCUGAAGGCCAAGGCGGACUGGGAUGGUGCUCGUGGACAGUCUCGGCAAUUGCUGCUGUCCGAACUCUCUCGAUCUAUCUCACCUUCUGUCAUGCUCCCGGAACAUCGUCUCGAGGUUCUGCUACAACAGGUAAAGGAACACCAGAUAGGCGUCUGUCUGUUUCAUACCAGCGCUGCGUCGCCGUCGCUGUACUCGGAUCAUUACUGCGAAAAGUGUGAUUUCCCUACAGAAGUAAUACACGAGUUGGACGCACACGCCGGCGAAGUCUGGCAAGUGGUCUUCUCUCACGAUGGUAAGCGGCUAGCUAGCUGUGGCGGAGACCGACACGUCAUAAUCUGGGAUGUGCCGUCCUUUGAAGUCUUGUUCAAGUUGGACGGGCAUGAAGGGGGUGUGGGCAAUAUCUGCUGGAGCCCAGACGAUAGCCUACUGGUUUCGUGUGGUCGGGAUAGAUAUGCUAGGAUAUGGGACAUGAAGGACGGCCUUUUCAAGACAGCCCUGGAGCGAUUCGAUGAACCGGUCAGCAGCUGUAUCUUUGCUCCGGACGGCCGAUCCAUCAUUGUCGGAUCGUUUGACAGAGAGCGUGCGCUAUGUCAGUGGGACCUGGAGGGCAACAGAAUGGUUUCAUGGACGAAGAAGCACAGAACCGAAGACUUGGCUGUGUCUCCGGACGGACGCUGGCUAGUAGCCAUGGACGACCAAAAUACGCUUCACGUCUACAAUUUCGUCACGCGGGAGCUGGAGUACGACAUGGACUUCAAGUCCCGGCCGACAUCAGUCAGCAUCAGCCAGGACUCGAGGUUCCUGCUCAUCAAUAAGACGGAUGGAGAGCUUCAGCUGCACAACCUCGGGUUCCGCGGCAAUCCAGUCAGGAAAUACAUUGGAGCGACAGGGGGCAAGUAUCUCAUCCGGAGUUCUUUCGGCGGCGCCAACGAAAGCUUUGUCAUUAGCGGAAGUGAAGAUGGGAAACUGGUGAUAUGGCACAAGAACUCGGGGAUCCUGGUGCACAAAGCCUCGGCGCACCAGCCUCGCUGCAACGCAGUGAGCUGGAACCCAGCGGAUCCUUGCGUGCUCGCAACAUGUGGUGACGACAGCAUCAUCAAGAUCUGGUCCAAUAGAAGUCGAGCGGCGAGGCAGAGGACAGGAAGGCCCUUGGCCUCCAACGGCAGCGGCCGCAUUUCAAACGGCAGCCGGCUUGAUCUUUUGGAGACUUAG